AUGGUGUCAAAGGAGGACAAAAAGAUCGUCAAUGCUCUCCAGGCAAACUGGAUCUGGAUCCCCAACUGGGUCGAUUCCUCAAGUUUGAACACAGCAGGCAGAAUUGUCAAUUUCGUUCGCCAUAUAGACCUACCGUCAACUCCAACGCGGUCGGAAUUGCAUUUUUCAGCGGAUACACGUUACAAGUUGUUUGUCAAUGGAGUACGUGUCGCUGUUGGGCCUACCAGAAGCAGUCCUUUGAUCUGGUACUAUGAUUCACUUGAUAUUGCUCCCUACUUGAAGCCCGGGAAAAAUGAAAUUCGCUUUGCGGUACUGCGAUACUUUUCGUGCUCACGUGGAGCUAUGGCCUUUGAACGCACAGCUCUUCCGGGAUUGACGAUUGUUGGCCACGUCGAGGCUGGCGGCGAAACAAUUGACCUUGGCUCUCUCCAGGGCUGGAAAGCGUCUCCAGACGAGUCUAUUCAAUUUCCAUCGGGAUUGGUAGAUGACGUUUUCCUUCAUAUUAGCGAACGUAUCACUCCAGCCGACUCGACCGCCGAAAUUACGCCAGUUCCAUACAGUAUCAGAACUUUGAAUGGAGAUAUUGCUCCUUGGGCUCUUCACCCACGCCCAAUUCCUAUGCCAGAGUCAACCCCGGCCGAUUGCCAUUCAACUGCCUUCAUCCGAUGGACAUUCAAGGCCGCCAAGAACCCUUCCGAGAUCAAGCUCAAAGUGACCUACUCUGAGGGAUACGAACUUGAACCUCGUUCUUAUCCCUUCUUCCGGUCUAAAGCUGAUCGGCUGAAUGCCGAGGGUGGUCAUAUUAUAGGACCGUACGAUGAGGUCGUGCUCAAGGUCUCCGAAACAGAAACCUCUUAUGAACCGUUCUGGUUCCGGACCUUCCGACUCCUUCGACUCGAAAUCACCGUCGGUGAAGGGCCAGUUGAGCUCAAGUCAUUUGAAGCGACCCAGGUCAACUAUCCAAUGGCUGUAAAAGCUAGCUGGAAAGAAUCAGGGGAUCUGCACAGCAAAGAUAUCUGGGACGUAUCGGUUCGGACAAUGCGAAACUGCAUGUUUGACGGCUAUUCUGAUUGUCCCUUCUAUGAACAACUUCAAUACUCUGGAGAUACUCGCUCAGUUGGAUUGUUCCAUUAUCUUUUGUCCGGUGACGAUCGACUGAUGCGACAAGCUAUCACAAACUUCGCUGCCUCGGUAACGCCUUGUGGCCUCACUCAGUCUCGUUUCCCAUCGCAUGCGCCACAGAUUAUCGCAGGAUUUUCCCUUUACUGGGUUCUACAAAUAUGUGAUCACUUUAUGUUCUUUGGAGAUAAACCCUUUGCUCGCAGCUUUGUGCCGCGGAUCGACGGGGUCUUUGAGUUUUUCGAUGCGCACAUCGAUGACUUGGGCCUUGUCAGUGGGCUGCCGGAGGAGAUUUGGCAAUACGUUGACUGGGUGACAACAUGGGGCGCGACUGACGAGCAUCCCGACAAAGGAGUGCCAACAUCCGGUCGAAAGUCGAACCGUCACACAUAUUUCAGCAUGCUUUACGCCUAUGUUCUUCGGAAGGGUGCUGAACUUCUCCGCCACGUUGGGCGGCCCGGGAAUGCGGAAGAGUAUGAGAGUCGAGCGGCACGACUUCUAGAAGCUAUCCGCAAACAUUGCUUUGAUGGUGACUUCUUCACAGACUCUACGGCAGAUGUUGCAGACGAGCUAUCCUAUUCUCAACACUGCCAGGUGUUUGCUGUUCUUUGUGGAGCUGCCACCCCAGAUCAGCACCAGCACAUCUUGUCAGAGAGCUUCACCAAUCCACGUUUCUCAAAGUGCUCGUAUAUGAUGCGAUUCUACGCCUUCCGUGCCCUUGCGGAGGCUGGGGGCCAGCUAUACGACAAGUUUUGGAAUUCAAUGUGGGCGCCAUGGCGCCAAAUGCUUGCCAAUAACCUGUCAACCUGGGAAGAGGAUGACGUUCGACAACGCUCGGACUGCCACGCAUGGGGCAGCGUUCCAAUAUAUGAGUACUGCACUGAACUCGCUGGUAUCUGCCCAGUGGCGCCGGGGUCGUCUAAAAUACGCUUCAAGCCUCGUUUGCAACUGAGUGACUCGAUUGAGGCAAAGAUUGUUCUAGGACAUGAAAAUAUCGCUCAUGUCUCGUGGCGUCAGGGCAAUGGCACUGAGAAACUUGUGGAGCUUAGACUUGGUCACCCUGUCGAAGUGACGAGUCAACUUCCGGGGGGGCAAGAGAUAAACCACGGGGCGGUAAGCCAUCUUAAUUUGGUUUAUAGUCAGUCUUAA